AUGAAGAGAUUGGCUAACACGAGAAGGUAACGGCCGUUGCCGCGAUUGGGUGUUAUUUGUUUUCCAAGGACAAUUUGGUCCGUCAAUUUCUCUGCUGUACUUUUGAUCGAGGAUAUUGUACUAGCAUUGAGCUGAUGAGAUACCAUAAAUAUCAAUGUCCAUCUCUCCAGUCCACGUUGCCGGAUCAUUUGCAAUCAAGCUAUUUCGUCGAUUUUCGGGUGGUUUUUCUCUAUUUAUAAAAGUUUUGAUAGAUAUAAACAGGGGUAGAAUCUUGGUUUGCUGAGAGCUGAUUAGCGCAAAGAAUGGAGAGGGAGCAGGAAUUCGAAUGGGAAGCAGCUCAAAGCAUUGAAAUAAGUUUUGACCUUAUCGCCGCAGCGAAACAACAGCUCAAGUUUCUGGCAGCUGUUGAUAGGAACCGUUGGCUAUAUGAAGGCCCAGGUCUAGAUAGGGCCAUUUACAGGUAUAAUGCAUUUUGGCUUCCUUUGCUGGCAAAGCAUUCUGAAUCCCAACUUUUAGAUGGUCCAUUGGUUGUUCCUUUAGAUUGUGAAUGGAUAUGGCACUGUCACAGACUCAAUCCAGUCAGAUAUAAAGUAGACUGUGAGGAGUUCUAUGGGAGAAUUCUUGACAAUCAGAAUGUUGUUUCUUCUGUGGGUGAAGCUUCAAGAAGCACAACUGAAGAAGUUUGGAAGACUUUAUACCCAGGUGAGCCCUAUGAAUUGGAUCUGAAGGGUGCUCUUCAAGAUAACAUUCAUGGAAGGAACGUAGGAGGGGAAAAAUGUACCAAGUAUGAUUUGAUCGCUGCUGUUCAGAGGCAAAGUCCGUUCUUUUAUCAGGUAUCCAGAGCCCAUAUGAUUGAUGAUCGGUAUCUUGAAGGAUCUGUGGCUAGGUACAAAGGAUUUUUGCACCUAAUCAAGAGAAACAAGGAGAGACACAUAAAGAGCUUCUCAGUUCCAACUUAUGACAUUGACCUCAUUUGGCAUACUCACCAGUUACAUCCAGUUUCUUAUUGCAAAGACCUUGUGGAAAUUAUGGGACAGGUUUUAGAACAUGAUGAUACUGAUUCAGACAGAACCAAAGGUCAGAAACUUGAUAUUGGGUUUUCUGGGACCACCAAGACAUUUGAGGAGAUGUAUGGUUCUAGAUAUUGGAGAGCAGGAGCAAUGUACCGUGGUCACACUCCUUCAUCUGUCAGAAGUACUCCUUAUUUUGGCGUAGCAAGUAAGACGUUGACCACUGUCAAUGACAGCCAGAAGAUCAAACUUCCUGAGGUGAAAGUUUUGGAGGUAAUGCUGGAGGCUGUGGGAGUGAGGAAUCUACCAGAAGGACAUAAUGGAAGUCUCUUAUUGUCCUUUAGUAAAACGCAACCUGAUGUUGUCUUCAAUGAAAAGAGGAGUCUAAAAUUUUUUUCUGAAUCUGGAGAGAAACAGGUGGCUUCCUUCCAUUGUCAACCGACUGGCCAUCUAAGCUUUGAACUUAUGUAUUGCUUGGAUUCCAGAUUACAAGCACCAAACUCAUCCAAAACUAUCGGUACCACUUCAAUAUCCCUGGAAGAUUUCCUGUCUUCAGGGUCAAGUCUCAAAAUAGAGAAAUGGCUGGAGUUGUUACCUAAUUCAAACAUCAUACAGUCCAAACCAAUUGGCCUACUAGUGGCUAUAUCCGUUACUAUACCUGUAAAGGUACCGUAUGUACUUCAUACAAUGCGUUCUCAGCCGUUCUCAAAAACUUCCUGCCUGUUCCCACUUCCAGUGAGGGCUCGAUUUGCUAGAAGUUGGACAAACAUCAUUGAUGAGGCUGGAAAUUUGGUCAUGAGCCUACAUAUGAGAAACUCAAAAAAGUCGAGAGGCAAAGGAGAAAGUAUGAGAAAAGAGGUGGCUGGCGUUCUAGAAUCAGGCGAAAAAUGUAUUCUGGCUGAAUUUGCAGAGUCGAAAUGGUUACUAGUAAAUUCUCCUUGGUCCCUUCAGUUUCCAAUAACAAACAAUGAUGAUGGCCACCUGUUGGAGCUGACUGGCCCGCGGACCGUGAGACUUUUCGUUGGUGGAAGAUUGGAUUAUGAGUUGAAGCAUUGUGAGAAACAUAAAGGAUUCGAAAAUCACCUAAUUACUGCAAUAGAAUUUUCUGAUGAAUACCCUUAUGGUAGAGCAGUGGCAUUACUUGAUUUCAAGUCUGGCACUGUGAAGGUCAACGAAGAAUGGUUCCUUCAGCCUGCAUUUGUGCUCACAUUUAUAUUUGCUUAUGUAUUGAGGAAGGAAGGAUGUAAUACCCAUAUUACAGGCAUUAAAACUCCGAAGCAGAAAGGGAUUGCUUUGAUGCCAUCUGAAGGGGGAGCUCGCAGUGAAAGUUGUAAUGCAAAAUGUGGAAACGGGGUUGGAAGUGAUGUGAGGACUUUGGAGUCUGGUGGAUGUGGCGGAUGUGGUGGUUGUGGUGGUGGUGGGUGUGGAAACAUGGCCAGAUGUGGGGGUUGCGGUGGUUGUGGGGGUUGUGGUGGUGGUGGGUGUGGAAACAGGACCAAAAGUGGUGGAUGUGGCAGCGGCUGUAGUGGUGGAUGUGGCGGUUGUGGUGGUUGCGGUGGUUGUGGUGGUGGUGGUGGUUAUGGCUACAAAUCAGGCAAUGUGAUUGGUGCCGGUAAUGGCUACAGUAAUGGACACCCAAAUCAAGCCGUCAUCCCACAGAAUGAGAUACGUGUUGCAUGAGAUGUGAUUACUGCAGUUCAGCGACUCUUGUGUACAUAUAUAUAUAUAUAUAUAUAUAUAUAUAUAUAUACAUGGAUCUUUGAAAUGUCCUGGAAUCAUUGUAUGAUCGUUUCUUGUCGGCAUGAAAUCUGUGUGUUUGUAAACUUCAAUAUAUUCUUCUCUUGUGUACGGAAGUGGAAUAAAGUUGAAGAUGUCUUCUAUGAAA